AUGGUGAAUGAUUUCCCCCAAAACAUGAAUAAGUUCAUGUUAAAAUACAGAUUGAUCGAAAACCACAUUGUCUCCUAACACAACAAAGUCUUGGGUGACAGCAUCAGACAUGUGAGGAUCCCGGGGUCCACUCGUGUCGCCAGUGCGUUGCAGCUUUAACCGGUCCAUCAUGCCUUGCGCUGUCCCACUUGUGUUCCCAUGUAAUUUCCAGCACGCUGCUCCUGGGCUCCCUCCUUCACAGCGGGGCUGCAGCAGGAGGAGCGCCGUGUGUCUGAGCUCCGUGUCGGAUGUCCGAUGAGUGGAGUGACGCGUGUUUACAUCCACACGGGCCAUCGUCAUCCACACUGAGGCGGCGGAGGGAGAGAAACGUGUCCGCUCCCUGCGAUGCACGGAUCGGAAUAAAAACAGGAUCCGGGCCGCGGACCAUGCACCGGGAGAGAUUUCUCCUCCAGAGAGGAAGAGUGGGGCAGCAGAGUUUCUAAAAACAUGUCCUGAAAUCAUCUGUAACUGAGGAUGGACAUUAAAUCAUCAUUAGCACCCCCUAGUGGUGUAGAGGUAUGAGGGCCUCUGGAUGAAGGCCAUGGAGCUGAAAGUGUGGGUGGACGGAGUGCAGCGCAUCGUGUGCGGGGUCACAGAGUUCACCACAUGCCAGGAAGUGGUCAUUGCCCUGGCACAAGCCAUCGGUCGCACUGGCAGAUACACUUUGAUAGAGAAAUGGCGGGAUACAGAACGUCACCUGGCUCCAAAUGAAAACCCUGUGGUGUCCCUCAACAAGUGGGGUCAGUAUGCCAGCGACGUGCAGCUCAUCCUCCAACGAACCGGCCCGUCUGUCAGCGAGCGGCCUGCCUCCGACGGGCAGGGUCGUGUCCCUGAGCGAGGCCUCUACCGGCAGAGCCUCCCACCUCUGGCCAAGUUCCGACCAUCGGGGACGGACCACUCGAUAAAACGAAGGGAACCCAAACGCAAAUCCCUGACCUUCACUGGAGGGGCCAAAGGUCUGCGGGACAUAUUUGGGAGAAGCAGAGAUGCUGAAGCCAAACAGCCCCAGCAGCGCAGUGUGAGCCUGAGCCUGAGCAGAGUUGGAGGUGGUGGAGUAGCAUCUGUGCCUGGGAGUCCAGCCAGAGAGCUGAGCCGGCUGGUACAGCUGCAGAGAGACAAACUCCAGGCCCUGGAGAGCCGUCUGCUGGGCUGCGAGGCCGAGCUGGGAGACUGGGAGGAGGCUGCCGGCGAGGCCAACGAAGGAGAAAAUCUGGAGGAGGAGCUGCUGCUUUUAGAGCAGCAGGUGAGGAGGAACGAUGCCGAGAUGGAGGAGGAGGAAUUCUGGGAGAACGAGCUGCAAAUUGAGCAGGAGAGCGAGCGGCAACUCCGGCAGCAGCUGGCCGAGCUGCAGGGCCGUGUACGCGACUGCGAGGCCCAGCUUUUAGAAUACAUAACAAGCAUACAGAGCAUGGAAUCAGGCCUGGAGCAGGAGCGACUGCAGCAGGAGGCCGAGCUCAACCAGAAGGUUAACGACGAGGAGGUGCGAGCUCAGCUGGAGAAAGUGAGGGCAGAGCUGGAGACGCAGAGCCAACAAACGGCGCGGCUGGAGAGCAGCUGCUGGGUGUUGGAACGCUCACUUGGCCAGUCAGGCAAGAGAAUACAGGAGAAAGAGCAGGAGCUGGAGCAGCUGACUAAAGAGCUGCGACAGGUCAACCUGCAGCAGUUCAUUCAGCAGACUGGUACCAAGGUCACUGUGCUGCCUGCUCAACCUACAGGAGAGGACAAUACCACCGAGGUGGAGUGUGGCUCUCUGAACAGACGCGGCUCGUCACGUCUCUUACCCAGCAACCUCCGCACUCUGCAAAACACCAUCUCCUCCAGCCUCAACCCAGAGGGGAUCUACGUGUGACCCAGGAGAUCGUACUUCAGCCUGAUGUUACUGGACUGUUUUCUAACAUGCAGUGACCACACAAUCUGCUGAAAUGCUCCUGAUUAACACACUGCAAUGAACACAGCUCCAGGAGCAUCCCGUGGAGGAUCGGUGUGAUUUCAUGAAAGACCAGGCUGAUCUGUUUAGCAUAGUUUUGCCUCGUCCUCCUCCAUCUUACACGGACACUCCAACUGAUGUCAAAACCCAUUUGCAAGCAAGCAUUUAAUCUGUUGCCUGUGCUCUAAUGGACGAGAGAAGACUCCUCUUAAAAAAACAACAAGCCAGCAGACAUUUUCUUGUCAGGUACGGAGGCUCGAGGCGGCAAAAUCUUUUUUUUUUAAUGUCGUCAAUCAUGAAGUGGAACUGGAGUUUCAGGAUGCAAAGUGCGGACACAUGUAAAAUAUAUGCAUAGACAAAAAAGAAGGAAUGCAUGAGCAUGCACAAACCAUGACGUCACACCUGUGCUAUAAAUCAUAGCCAUAUCUGAUUGCCUUACUCUGGUCUUUUCAAACCAGACGUCAAUAGGUCUAAUGUUAAAAAGAAACUCAAGGUAGCUACUGAACACUAUCCGCCAUAUUGAUUUAGUAUUCAGGUGAUCAGGUGAUCCCUCGUCAUGGAGGCUGAUGUCAGUAUAACUCAACAAUGGAUUGAUCCUUUUUAUAAUAUGACUUUUUGAAUUGAUUUAAACAAUUUACGAGGGAUGGCACAGUGGGGUAGUGGUGAACACAGUCGCCUGACAGGUUUCUGGUUUGAAUCCCAGCUUAGUCAGGGUGUUUCUGUGUGGGCUUUGUGUCUGUGUGGGUUUUCUUUGGCUUCCUCCCACAGUCCAAAGACGUGCAGAUCGGAGUUAGGUAAUUUGGAGACUCUGAACUGUAGUGUGUGUGAGUGGUUGUUUUCUCUGUAUGUUGGCCCUGCGUUACCCUGGCGAUUAGCGUGUCAGCUGGGAUUGGCUCCAGCCGCCCUGAGACUAUCAAACAAUCACCAGUAUAGAUAAUGGAUGGAUGGAUUUUCUGUUGACAGAUAUUAACUCAUCAAAUAAAACUGGGCCACAAAGUAAAAUCAGCAGCUACUUGACAUGUUUAGUGAAACUGUGGCUGUUUUUCUGCAGCCUGAAAAAUGUUGCCAACAAUGACUAAGUUCUCUGUUUGACCACUGGGUGGUGACAAAACAUAUAUUAUUUAGCCAGCUGAAAGUUAACUGUGUGAAAGUUAGUCCUGCUCCCAGAUGAUGAUUUCUUCUGUCUUUGUUCGUUUUCAUAUUGUUUUGUGACGAAGCCUUAGCACUUUAGCUCCCGGUGUAUUUACCUGAGGUGCAGCUUACAGUGUUGGCCAUGUUUCACUGUGUUCAUUGAGCAGGGACACACACACACACACACACACACACACACACACACACACACCGAGUAUUUGUUCCAUCUGUUCCAUCUGACUUUUAGCAUUUUAACCAACUAAAGAUGUCUCAUAUGAACCAAAGCUAGUGUGAAAAAUUCAUUUAAUAGUUAGAUGAAUGUACUUUUUUAAAAUAGUACGCAGCUUAUUCAGAUUAAGUGUACACUUAAACAACUCGUGAAUAAGUCUGCAAAUUGUAAAUGUGUACAAAAAUAUAUUCAAUUAUUAAAAAAAUCAAAUGUAUAUCAAUAGUGAAAUGCACACAAAUGCCCAAACUAGGGAUAAAAUGUGCAGUAACCUAAGUGUGUGUGCAUGCAUGACUUCAGUGCCAUACACAGUGUGGGAACUUUUUCUGCUUUUAAUCGUUUUCUCUGGCGUUGACAUAUUUUGUGCACAGGUACAACCUUUUCUAAACUCGUUCACAAACUUAAAAUUUCUCAUACGGGAUUUCAUUUCUGACGGAUUCUUCCUAAACUGUAUCUGAAGCCAAGAAGCUCAAGUUUGUUCUGCUAACGCUUAUAUAACAUAAGUGGAUUCCUGGCUCCGGUGUGAAGGUUGUAGCUCUGUUGUUUGCUCUGCAGUGCCGAGGCAACCGGAGGAAUCCACAUAACGUCUGUCUUUUGAAUAACGGCAUGCCUUACUGAAAGAAAAACUGUACCUAAUGUCUAUUUAGGACAUAUCACAUCAGUCUAGACUAUUUUUUCAAGGUAGAUUGAAGUCUAUAAUAUGCAGAGUGUUAAAGGGGUUAGGUUUUAAUGCUGCUGUUCAGUAGGCAGCUCUGAGUGCAUGCUCUGUGUGACUGGAUUUAGUUGGACUCCUAGUGAAAGGCUAAUAAUGUUAUAAUUCAUUUGGUUUUUCUUUUGUCCCUUUUUGCCUUGUUGACAUUAAAGAACAGUGUAUGAGCAGAAAAUAGCAGAAACCUGCCUAUCUUCCAUUCAUGGAUGUAAAUGACGUCCCUGUUGCUUUGAAACCUGACAGUACAUUUACCAACAUCUUAUUUUCCUUCAGACACUUUGCCAAUAAUUGUCUUCGGCCGUGUCGUCACUGCUGCUUCUCGGUGAAAGUGCAUAUACAAAUGAGAUGAUGGAGCCAUUAUGGAGACAGCCAUCAAGUGGUUUUGAAAGCUAUUUUAGAAAACGUCACGGCUCAGGGAUAUUUCAAGACAAGGAAUUACUGGGACGAGAACGAGCCCAGGGUAAU